CGGGUAUGCAACUAUCGCGACUCGAUUCCAGCUAAGCUCCAAGCUCUCAUCUCGUAACUGAUGACGUUUCACACACAUUUUCACAUUUAUCUCCAAAGCUUCCACAAAUGUCAUAAUCGCCAAUAUCCCAAGCUGCGCAAUCGCAGCAUGCCACUACCAAAAUGUCAACCCUCUCCGAACCCCGCCGUCCUCGCCUUCUCCCGCAAAACCGCAAGCUUCGUCACCUUCGCGGAAUAUGGCUUCGCAACUUAUCCUUCGCGCCCACGAGUCUUAGAACAGCCGACGACGCGGAUCUAGCUACGAGCAAGUUAUCAGUGGUUAAAGAAUCGAGCCAAUUGCAUCCGUCUAGGUCGUCGGAGAGCUUGAGGAAGGAUAGCGUUAGGCCGGAUGCGCUGAGGCCGGUGCAGAAGCGUAGGACGAGUUUGAGCUGGGCGCAUGUUAAUCUUGUGGCGAGGCAGAAGAAUUUGGAGACGUUGUAUGAGGAAGCUGUGGGGGAUGUGUUUUACUCGUUGCAUGUGGAUGGGGAUGCUGAGCCUGUCUACAUCAGCGAGGUGCGCGAGCGAGCUACGAGCUUCAACUUCAAAUUCUUCAGUCUCGAAAAUUGCGCAUCCGCCAUUUCACGAUGUCACUCUAUGAUACUACGGAUCUGGGCGCGACGACCGAAAGCCGAAUCAUGGAUCUUUCUCCUCGAAGAAACAAUCGACCUGCGCCGCCUCAACUUCAUAGGCACUCUAAUGGACCGAAACUUUCCACCUAAUGCCUUAAUAUUCCAUCUAGAAGACGGCGUAUACUCAUUCGAUUUCCCCAACAAGAUAUCCGAACCGAAGCAAGCGCCGCAAGUAGCCACUUCGUCAUACAAUGCGCUCAUGAAGCUAGCCAACCUCGAAAGUUCAAUCGAAGACGCGAUGGAAACACAACAGAGAUUAAUGGAAGAGAUAAACCGUAUAUUAGACGAAAGUCCGCCUGAUGAAUCGCAGAUGGCGCGGGAAGCUGUUGCGAUGGCGGAUAAAUAUGUUACUGCGCAGAAACGGUCAAAUAAACAGACGCAAAAGAAGCGGGAUGAUUUGCAGGAGUCGAUACAGAGUCGGCGCGAAGCUAUUGUUAAGGGGAGAGAGCUUCAGAAUGAAGCUGAGAAGGACAUGGAGAGCAGUAGAGAGCAGUUGACUGCUUCAGAGGAGCUUCUUGAGCAGACGCAGCAGCAGAUUCGGGGGCAGCGAAGACGUAUUUGCGCCGACCUUACAGACAUAUUCCCUAUUACGCCGAUUCCUAAUGCGCCGCCGCUCUCGUUUCAGAUAUGCAACAUACCACUACCGAACUCGAUAUAUGAUGCGGCUACUGCGAGGAAUAUCUCUGAGGACCUCUUAUCUGCUGGUCUGGGGAUCGUCACCCUGCUCACGAAACACCUGCAGUUCUAUCUAGCUCAUCCAUUACCAUACCCUCUCGAUUGGUUCGGCUCAAGAUCAUAUGCGCGUGACGAUAUUUCUCAAUUAUCCGACAGAACAGUAUCACGUCGAGAAUUCCCACUAUAUCUUCCCAGAGGAGGCUCAACAGCAGGUCAAUGGCGUUUCGAAUACGCAUGGUUUCUCCUCAACAAAGACAUCGAAGCCCUCUGCUCAUCCCAAGGUCUCCGCGUCGUCGACAUUCGCCAUACCCUCCCGAACCUCAAAUAUCUUCUCUACGUCUGCAGCGCCGGUAGCGACCAAGUACCAGAGCGCAAAAAGGGCGGUGUUCGUGGAUUGUGGGCUGGAAGGAUAAAAGGACGCAUGUCUACCAUGUCGGCGCAAUUCGACGGCGAUUCAAGUAGUGUUACGGAGAGUCGGAGGGGGAGCGUGGAUAGCGAAGUUAAUCAGCAUGGGGAUGCGUUACGGGAUGCGAUUAUUAAGAGUAAUGGACAUAAUAAAGAUGAUGGGCGUGAGAAUCUGGAUGAUGGGGUUGCGUUGCCUUUUGGAGAGGGUGAUGCUAAGUUUACGUUGAGGACGAAGGGAUUAAGGGAGAGGAGAUGAUGGAUGGGUUAAUAGGGAGGGUUUUGGUUGGCGGUUGUUUGUAUUUGUUCAGCGUGGUGCUGCGGUGUGCUUUUGUUGGAGUUCAUAGAUAGGUAGGCAUGGUUUCUGCAUAGGAUACUCAUCAACUUCAUCAGCAUCCCUCGUAAAGGUGGCUCAAUUACACCUCAUUCACAUUCAUCGCUGGCGCUCAUCUUGCGGACUUUUGUUAGUAACACCCACCAGGGUAGAAGUUCCCCGAAAUAUCCGUCUUCCACGACACAAGAUGAACAUCGGCGAAUGUUUCCCCGUCUCAAUACCACCCCAAGCCCUCUCAACACCUGUCAAAUGCAUCAUCUGGCCCACAAUCCCUCAAACCAAGACACGGCAACCGUCAUUUACCCUCAAGUCCCGAAGUACGCCCGGGUAGUUCGUCCCAAAUCAUGCUAGACCUGCAGAAUUUUGAAGCUAUUCAGGGAUCUUCCCCGCAACCCCAGAGUCAAGAGUG